UACAUGAAACAAAGCAAAGAUUCAAAAUUUUGAACUAACUCGAAAAGCUUGGCUUUUUUUGUGGGUUUUAGCUGGCCUUGGCCAACUGCAAUUCUUUAUGUUUCUUCCAAGCAAAAAGAAGGCAUCUUCUACCUCUGAUCUCAUUUUCAUGUCAUCCCCUAUUAAUAUACACAGCCUAGCAAAAGCGCAAAAAAAAAAAUUCCUUCAAUAUGCAGAAGCUGAUAGUCACAUCUGAUUUGGUUAUCCUUCAUUGAAUCCCUCUCUUCACAUAGGCUCUCUCCUUUUUAAAGAUUCAUUUCUAGUAUUUGCUUGGCUGCUUGGUGUUUCAUCUCCUCAUAUAGCAUCGAAAAACACUAGGGAAUGCUGAAAAAUGUGCUUGAAUUCUGGUAAUUCUUCCUAUGCGGUCCAAACCCGAUUCGAAUUUCAAUUUCAGCUUCCAGUAUCUAUCCUUCAUGAGGUUGGAUAUUCAGCAUACAACAGAUUCACACUUGAGGUCCAAAUGGACAAGGAAAUCACAACCAGGAUUCCUAUUGUGCUAAAGCACAAUAUUAGUGAAGACGGUUGAGUUCUUGAGUUCAAAAUACUUCUUUCCUACAAAUUAUAUAUAAUAUUUCUAGGCCUUCUAGCUAGAGGACAUAUUAGUCUAUCAGGCUUUGAUAUUUACAAUGGAGCAUAAAGGCAAUGUAUUGAUGCAGAGGUAUGACUUUGGGCGAUUGUUAGGCCAAGGAAAUUUUGCUAAGGUUUACUAUGCAAGGAACCUUCAAACUGGUCAGAGUGUAGCUAUUAAGGUUAUUGACAAGGAGAAGAUUCUGAAAGUGGGGCUGAUUAAUCAGAUCAAGAGGGAGAUAUCCGUUAUGAAACUCGUUAAACAUCCAAAUGUUUUACAACUUUAUGAGGUCAUGGCCUCCAAAAGCAAGAUUUACUUUGCCAUAGAAUAUGCUAAAGGUGGUGAGCUCUUUAAGAAGGUAGCAAAAGGAAGGCUCAAAGAAGAUGUUGCAAGGAACUAUUUUCAACAGUUAAUCAGUGCAGUUGAUUUUUGUCACAGCAGAGGUGUCUAUCACCGGGAUUUGAAACCAGAGAACUUACUACUGGAUGAAAAUGGAGUUUUAAAGGUAUCAGAUUUUGGAUUAAGUGCACUUGUCGAGUCCAAGAGCCAAGAUGGUUUGCUCCACACAACUUGUGGAACUCCUGCAUACGUUGCUCCUGAAGUUAUCAAGAGUAAAGGCUAUGAUGGGGCCAAGGCUGACAUUUGGUCUUGUGGUGUAAUCUUAUAUGUAUUGCUGGCUGGUUAUCUCCCAUUCCAUGAUGCAAAUUUGAUUUCUUUGUACAGGAAAAUAACCAAGGCAGAAUAUAAAUGCCCCAACUGGUUUCUGCCUGAAGUGCGCAAGCUGGUCUCGAAAAUGCUCGACCCUAAUCCAAGUACUAGAAUUUCCAUUGAAAAAAUAAUGGAAAAUCCCUGGUUUAGAAAAGGGUUCAACCCGAAAGCUGCUGAAACUAAAAUUGAUGUUAAGAAAUUGGAUCCUUUGGUGGCUGAUACAACUUUGGAUCCUUAUGAGAAUGCUUUCAUUUUUGCUGAAGAUAAGAAAGAGUUGAACAGACCUAUAAGCCUGAAUGCUUUUGAUAUCAUCUCUCUUUCAAAUGGGCUUGACUUGUCUGGUUUUUUCACCAAAAGUCAGCAGGAGAAAGAAACAAAAUUCACAUCAAUGCACUCUGCCUCAACUAUCAUAUCUAAAUUAGAAGACACAGCUAAGCAUCUGCAUUUGGAAGUAAAGAAAAAGGAUAGAGGGCUGUUGAAGUUGAAGGGAUCUGAAGAAGGUAGAAAGGGGGCAUUGUCCAUUGAUGCAGAAAUAUUUGAGUUUACUCCAUCUUUUCAUAUGGUAGAGGUGAAAAAAUCAGCUGGUGAUACAUUGGAAUACACACAGAUAUUGGAACAAGGUUUAAGGCCAGCUCUCAAGGACAUUGUCUGGGUAUGGCAAGGGGAACAGCAGCAGAAACAACAACAGGCGCAUUCGUCAUAGUCCGUUUCGCUUAGGUGCUGUGCUGUUGUGUGCUAUUGUUGUCUUUGAAAUUUUAGAGUUCAUUUCAUUAAUGUAUACUUGACUGCUUAUGUUUGCAAGAGACAUAUGAUUUUGUGUGCUUGAGCCAACCAUAUCUGGUAAGACUUCAUUUCAUAUGUUUGCAAGAGACAUAUGAAAUAAGCUUGUUUCUGAAUUACUAUUUCUUGGAAAAUUUUAUCUCAGAUUUGUUGAAA